AUGGGGGCCGCCCGGAUCGCGCCCGGCCUGGCGCUCCUGCUCUGCUGCCCGGUGCUCAGCUCCGCAUACGCACUGGUGGAUGCAGAUGACGUCAUGACCAAAGAGGAGCAGAUCUUCCUGCUGCACCGUGCCCAGGCCCAAUGCCAGAAGCGGCUCAAAGAAGUCCUGCAGAGGCCAGCUGACAUAAUGGAAUCAGACAAAGGAUGGGCAUCUGCAUCCACAUCAGGGAAGCCUAAGAAAGACAAGGCAUCUGGGAAGCUCUACCCUGAGUCCGAGGAGGACAAGGAGGCGCCCACUGGCAGCAGGCGCCGAGGGCGCCCCUGCCUGCCCGAGUGGGACCACAUCCUUUGCUGGCCGCUGGGGGCACCAGGUGAGGUGGUGGCCGUGCCCUGUCCCGACUACAUUUAUGACUUCAAUCACAAAGGCCAUGCCUACCGUCGGUGUGACCGCAAUGGCAGCUGGGAACUGGUGCCUGGGCACAACCGGACAUGGGCCAACUACAGCGAGUGUGUCAAGUUCCUGACCAAUGAGACUCGUGAACGGGAGGUGUUUGACCGCCUGGGCAUGAUCUACACCGUGGGCUACUCUGUCUCCCUGGCCUCCCUCACCGUGGCUGUGCUCAUCUUGGCGUACUUCAGGUGGCUCUGUCCUUGACCAGAGCCUGGCCCUUCCUGCCCUCGUGACCAGCACCACUUGUCCUAUGUUAUGAGCAGCCCUCAGCCCAUCUCCAACUUCUGCACAUGCAGGCCUGCCUUCUGGCUAACACCACUGCUCUCCUAGGCGGGCUGCAGGGUAGCUGUGACCUUCUUCCUUUACUUCCUGGCCACCAACUACUACUGGAUUCUGGUGGAGGGGCUGUACCUGCAUAGCCUCAUCUUCAUGGCCUUCUUCUCAGAGAAGAAGUAUCUGUGGGGCUUCACGGUCUUCGGCUGGGGUCUGCCCGCCAUCUUCGUGGCCGUGUGGGUCAGUGUGAGAGCCAGCCUGGCCAACACCGGGUGCUGGGACUUGAGCUCCGGGAACAAGAAGUGGAUCAUCCAGGUGCCCAUCCUGGCCUCCAUCGUGCUCAACUUCAUCCUCUUUAUCAACAUCGUCCGGGUGCUGGCCACCAAGCUGCGGGAGACCAAUGCCGGCCGGUGUGACACGCGGCAGCAGUACCGGAAGCUGCUCAAAUCCACGCUGGUGCUCAUGCCGCUCUUUGGCGUCCACUACAUCGUCUUCAUGGCCACGCCGUACACCGAGGUCUCAGGGACGCUCUGGCAAGUCCAGAUGCACUACGAGAUGCUCUUCAACUCCUUCCAGGGAUUUUUUGUCGCCAUCAUAUACUGUUUCUGCAACGGCGAGGUACAGGCUGAGAUCAAGAAAUCCUGGAGCCGCUGGACACUGGCACUGGACUUCAAGCGGAAGGCACGCAGCGGAAGCAGCAGCUACAGCUACGGCCCGAUGGUGUCUCACACGAGUGUGACCAACGUAGGCCCCCGCACAGGACUCGGCCUGCCCCUCAGCCCCCGCCUGCUGCCCGCCGCCACCACCAACGGCCACCCCCCGCUCCCCGGCCACACCAAACCGGGGGCCCCGGCCCUCCAGACCACACCACCUGCCGUGGCUGCUCCCAAGGACGAUGGGUUCCUCAAUGGCUCCUGUUCGGGGCUGGACGAGGAGGCCUCUGCGCCGGAGCGGCCACCUGCCCUGCUGCAGGAGGAGUGGGAGACAGUCAUGUGA